AUGGGCCCACCAUCAAAAUCAAUCUCCGAAUGGAAAAAGGUUUGGAUUGAUCAAAAACGAUACGUACGAAACAAGGCUGUUGAAAAUACCAAGAAUAGGAAAAAGACCGGUGGAGGACCUUGCAAGCAACAUGUUUUUUCUGUAUUAGAACAGUCAAUUUUGGAUAUAACUGCGUCAAUAGCAGCUGCGGAAGGUGUCGAAGACGGCAAGCCUUUUGGUUUGAAUGCAACGAAAUCAACUGGUAAGCAACGUGAAAAUAACAGUAGUGAUGAAGACAACAGCUCUAGUAAGGACUCUCAAGUGGAAUGUAGUUACAUGGACAAUAGCUUGGACGAAAAUAGCACCGAAACUGCCGGUGACACGCAAGGGGAAAGUGCUUUGCCUGCACAAAAAACCAGCCAGCAAACUCGCAAAAAAAUUAACCCUUCGGAGCUAUUAAACUUUGAACUAGAUGUUCAAAAAGAAAUGAAUGACAACGUCAGAAAGGGCUUGGAAAUCCAGAAUCAUCACUAUACUGAAAUAGAAGGCCACUUAAAGGAAUUAAACCAAGGCCUCGAAAACUUUCCAAAUAUUCAAAACAGUUUACUAAAGGAAACAAAACGCCCCAAUUCGGAAAUUUAA